AUGAAGCGCGAGUGGGAGGAAGCUUGGGAAAAGACCAGGUGCGACAGAGAACUAUUCAAAAUCGGAGCCCGGCCAGGAAAAGCGACACUCGAUACUCACAGAGGAACACACAGAGCGAUCAGUUCGGCGAUCACACAGAUGCGCACAGGAAAGAUCGGCCUGCGUGCCUACCUCCACGCCAUCAACAAAGCCGACACCGAUGAGUGCCAGUGUGGCUACGGACCGCAGACCGCGCGACACAUCCUCCUGGAAUGUCGAAACUGGGCGGAGGAAAGACAGCGGAUGUGGGCAGGCAAGCUUCCAUGCGUGGACAUCAAGCGCAUUCUCUGUAGCUCGUCAAUGGCGGUACAAGCAGCAAAGAGUUGA